AAACAUGAUUAGAAUCACCUUUCCCGACUAGUAUGUUGUAAGAUUGAAUUAUCCAAAAAUAAAAAACAAUCUAACCAAAAUAAAGUGAAGGUUUUGAUACACCUAGCUUCACUUUUCACUUAUCAGUCCCAAUAACGUUUUCACUCUCUUGUUGUUAUCAAGCCACUGCUCAUGCUUCCUUCUGAUUUCAUCUCAGCCAUUGAUCAAUACGCAUCACACAUAUCAAGAUGUAUCACAACCAAAAAUCUAAAACUAGGCAUGGCCUUGCACUCACACCUUAUCAAAACAGCUUUCUCAUUCAACCCAGUCCUAACCAACGGCCUCAUGGAUAUGUACUCCAAAUUCAACGCCAUUGAAAGUGCCCAAAAUGCCUUUGAUGAUCUUCCUAAUAAAACCACUCGUUCAUGGAACACAAUGAUUUCUGUGUGCUCUAGAAUUGGUCUUUUCGAUAAAGCUCAUAAACUGUUCGAUGAAAUGCCAAUACCAAAUAUUGUUAGCUAUAAUUCGUUGAUUUCUGGUUUAACCCAUCAUGGGUUUCAGAGGGAAUCUAUUAGUUUGUUUAGACAAAUGCAAAAAGACUAUAAUUGUUUAAUCUUGGAUGGGUUCACGCUGGUCAGUGUAGUGGGUGCUUGUGCUUGUUUGGGUGCUUUAGCAUUGUUGCGUCAAGUUCAUGGAGCAGCAAUUGUUUUAGGCUUGGAGUUGAAUCUGAUUACUCAUAAUGCACUAGUUGAUGCUUAUGGAAAAACUGGUGAACCCAAUACCUCUUAUUCUAUCUUUAGUCGAAUGCCAGUAAGGGAUGUUGUGUCUUGGACUUCAAUGGUUGUUGCUUUUGCAAGGGCAUCUAGACUUGAUGAUGCUUGUCGGGUCUUUAACGAAAUGCCAGUUAAGAACACUGUCUCGUGGACUGCUUUGGUUGCCGGCUAUACUCAAAAUGGGCAUGCCACUGAAGCAUUGGUUCUUUUUCAGCAAAUGAUGGGAGAGGGUGUCCAGCCUAGUACUCAUACUUUUGUUUGUGUAUUAAGUGCUUGCGCAGAUUUAGCACUUGUUGAAAGAGGUAAACAGAUUCAUGGCCACAUGAUUCGAAGGAGCACUAGUAGCAACUUGUUUAAUAUGUAUAUAUUUAAUUCUUUAAUUGACAUGUAUUGCAAAUGCGGUGGCAUGGAAUCAGCUAAAACAUUGUUUGAGUUGAUGCCUGAAAAGGACAUUGUCUCUUGGAACUCAUUAAUAACUGGGUUUGCUCAAAAUGGGCUUGGUGAGAAGUCACUUGUUGUGUUUCAGAGAAUGAUAGAAGCAAAGAUAAAACCAAAUCCUGUCACAUUUUUAGGGGUGCUAUCCGCCUGCAGCCACUCUGGUCUAGUAUCUGAAGGGAUCCGAAUUCUUGACUCGAUGCAGGAGUAUGAUGUAAAUCCAAGACCAGAUCACUAUUCAAUUUUAAUUGAUUUGCUUGGGAGGAAAAACAGACUCGAGGAAGCAGUGGAGUUGAUCGGGAAAGCUCCUAAUGGUUCAGAUCAUGUUGGGAUGUGGGGUGCACUAUUGGGUGCUUGUCGAGUCCAUGGGAAUUUGGAUCUUGCUAAAAGGGCUGCAGAAGCUCUGUUUGAGUUGGAACCCAGCAAUGCUGCAAGAUAUGUUAUGUUAUCAAACAUUUAUGCUGCGGCUAGUAGAUGGGGUGAUGCUGAUAGAGUGAGAAGGCUUAUGGAGGAGAAAGGUUUGAGGAAAGAAUCAGCUUAUAGUUGGAUUGAGGUGAGGAAUGCAAGACAUGAGUUUGUAGCCAAAGACAGGUUCCAUUGUCAGAUAGGCGACAUAUAUGAAGUGAUUGGAAAGCUGGUAGAUCAUAUGAAGGAUGCUGGAUAUCAGUCCUAUAUCGGCAGCCUUUUUCUUCCGAAUGAGGAUGAUAGUGCUUCUUGAUCUUAUUAACUGGAUGAGGAUUUGCAAAUACAUGGGUGAAAGCCUGCUCAACAAGCUUUAGAAAAAGACUACGUAGCAGGCUAGGUUAAUCGCAGUGUCUCCAUUUAGUCCAGCUUAUGCAUCUUUCCAGAAAAAGAUUUAGACAAUGUCAGCUUUUUGUGGAGUAAUGACCCCUUAUCAAAUAAAGCUCUUGCUGGCCUUGUCUUUAAGGCAUAUUCCGUAUCUUUCAAUCUACAGUAGUUGGAAACCAGUUAUCUCGGUAUUGGCUGUGUCAAUCAGGAGUUUUCUUCAACCCAUAUACAACUAAACUCCCUAUAAAACUAUAUAAACAGUGUGAAGUCAUCUGGUUGUAGCGUCUGAUCUACAUCCAAAUCUCUGCACUAGUAGAACAGAACUUUUGUUUAAUAUUUACCUUACCAAUGGAAUGGUAGCAGGGUACAGCAAGAAUACAGAUUGCUUGGUAUUAUGGUAUACAAUAGCCUUCAGCAAUUCUAGUGCUAUGCACAGAUUGUCGGAUUAUCUCUGAAGUAGCCCAAGUGUGACAUUCAUUGCGUGGAAGAUCCAUAUUAACUGCUAAUUCUGGCACUGGAAUGGGGACAAGCGCAUAAUCAAACAAUGUCGUUCAUUGCCUGUUUUUAAUUUAUUCAGUUUAUUUGGAUUAUGUACAACUUGUUAAAGCCUUACUUUGUCUAGGUACAGCUGUAUAUUUGUCGAGCUUAUUUUUUAAGUCCAAUAAAUCAAUGAAAAUAUGCUCUCCUA